CUACGCUCUCCGCUGCUGUUCAUCAGUUAACAAACUAGACUCUGACAGAAUGAGUGGACGCGGAAAAGGAGGUAAAGGACUCGGCAAAGGAGGCGCUAAGCGUCACCGUAAAGUUCUCCGUGAUAACAUCCAGGGAAUCACCAAACCCGCCAUCCGCCGUCUGGCUCGCCGCGGCGGAGUGAAGCGUAUCUCCGGUCUGAUCUACGAGGAGACCCGCGGUGUGCUCAAGGUCUUCCUGGAGAACGUCAUCCGUGACGCCGUCACCUACACCGAGCACGCCAAGAGGAAGACUGUGACCGCCAUGGAUGUGGUUUACGCUCUGAAGAGACAGGGCCGCACCUUGUACGGCUUCGGAGCUGAAGAACGUGUGGCCUUUUUCGCCACACAGGGAGCACUCGCUCUCACUUCGUCAGCUGUUGGCUUUAUGGCCCAGACUCCCACAUCUCCAGCACUUCACUGUCGGGCAAUCCUUCACCUGGUGGUCGGUCGCUUCACAGAUGAAGCAUUUGGUUAUCUGUCCAGUAUAGAUGAUGCGGCCGUUACAGGAGACUUCAGGAGGAGCGUUUCAGGUCUGCUGGGUACAGGGUUGGGUGCGAGGCUCCUGCAGGGUCGCUGGGUAAUUCUGCGGACCUCCAGGCUGCUGCUGUUGAUCAUGCUGGGCGUCACACCGGAGGGAAUCACCAAACCCGCCAUCCGCCGUCUGGCUCGCCGCGGCGGAGUGAAGCGUAUCUCCGGUCUGAUCUACGAGGAGACCCGCGGUGUGCUCAAGGUCUUCCUGGAGAACGUCAUCCGUGACGCCGUCACCUACACCGAGCACGCCAAGAGGAAGACUGUGACCGCCAUGGAUGUGAAGCAGGGGGCUGAGCAGAGGCUGCCUGUCUUCAACUACGUCCGCAGAAGGACUAUAUAUGUCUACGCUCUCCGCUGCUGUUCAUCAGUUAACAAACUAGACUCUGACAGAAUGAGUGGCCGCGGAAAAGGAGGUAAAGGACUCGGGAAAGGAGGCGCUAAGCGUCACCGUAAAGUUCUCCGUGAUAACAUCCAGGGAAUCACCAAACCCGCCAUCCGCCGUCUGGCUCGCCGCGGCGGAGUGAAGCGUAUCUCCGGUCUGAUCUACGAGGAGACUCGCGGUGUGCUCAAGGUCUUCCUGGAGAACGUUAUCCGUGACGCCGUCACCUACACCGAGCACGCCAAGAGGAAGACUGUGACCGCCAUGGAUGUGGUUUACGCUCUGAAGAGACAGGGCCGCACCCUGUACGGCUUCGGAGGCUAAAUCAACGACGACCUGAUCUAACGACAACCCAACGGCUCUUUUAAGAGCCACA